GCUUGUUAAGUUGAAGUGCGAAAAAACCUAACACUGAGGGAGAAACUUUAACAGCUAGGUUUUACCAAGAGACAGUACCUCUAAUACUUAACUUGGAUCAUCUCUUGUUCAUCAGCUUGAAAAUCAUAACAGCCCUCAAAAUUGACAUUUGAUCUGAACGAAAAAGCUGUGACAAAUGGACAAUAUGUCUAUUACUAACACACCAACAAGUAAUGAUGCUUGUCUGAGCAUUGUUCACAGCUUGAUGUGCCAUCGACAAGGUGGAGAGAGUGAAACUUUUGCGAAACGUGCAAUUGAAAGUUUAGUUAAAAAGCUAAAGGAGAAAAAAGAUGAACUGGAUUCUUUGAUUACAGCUAUAACCACAAAUGGAGCUCAUCCCAGCAAGUGUGUUACGAUACAGAGAACACUGGAUGGGAGGCUUCAGGUGGCUGGUCGCAAGGGAUUCCCUCAUGUGAUUUACGCUCGUCUUUGGAGGUGGCCUGAUCUUCAUAAAAAUGAACUCAAGCAUGUUAAAUAUUGUCAAUUUGCUUUUGACUUAAAAUGUGACAGUGUCUGUGUAAAUCCCUACCAUUAUGAGCGUGUAGUAUCACCUGGCAUUGAUCUCUCGGGACUGACACUACAGAGUUCUGCUCCAUCAGGCAUGCUGGUGAAAGAUGAAUACGUUAAUGACUAUGAGGGGCAGCUGUCAUUGUCUUCUGCUGAAAGCCAUUCAGUCCAAACCAUCCAGCAUCUACCAAGUAACAGGGCAUCUACUGAGCCUUAUAGCACCCCAGCCAUGUUAGCUCCUGCUGAGGCUAGCACUACCAGCACCACUAAUUAUCCCAACAUUCCUGUGGCUUCAACAAGUCAACCUAUCAGUAUAUUGACAGGUAGCCAUAGUGAUGGACUCUUACAGAUUGCUUCAGGGCCUAAGCCAGGAACUCCGCAGAAUGGGUUUACAGCUCAGCCAGCUACUUACCAUCACAAUAGUACUACAACUUGGACUGGGAGUCGGACGGCAGCCUACACACCUACCAUGCCUCCCCACCAGAAUGGCCAUCUUCAGCAUCAUCCACCUAUGCAUCCUGGACAUUACUGGCCAGUUCACAAUGAACUUGCAUUCCAGCCUCCUAUAUCAAAUCAUCCUGGUAAGUAGAAUCUAACAUGUAAUGCUAAUAUUGUGGAAGCUGCUAACUUUCUGGUUUAAGUCUGGGUUGGGGUAUUUUUGUUGGUUUGGGGUUGGUUUU